CUCAGAGGAACGAGGCAUCUAAUCAUAGUGUUCUUCACGAGCAAAAGCUCCGAACCCCAUCAAAAUAAACAUAUUAUACUCUCCCUCUCUCUCCUCCUCCUCUUCUUUCUCUCUCUACCUUUUCCAUUUUAUCCAAUUUUUUUUGUUGGCUUUUUGAAUUAAUGGCUAUUGUGAGGAAUAAAGCUUGAGAAAACUAAAGCAGGAGGAGGAAUGCUUGCCUUUUGAGCUCCCAUUACAAUGGCUGAUGAUCUCUGGUCCUUCAAGGAUAUAUUUUUGAUAAAGGCGCCGAAGAAUUCUCCUUUGGUGCUGCGGAUGAUUGUUGUGUUGUUUGCAAUGGUCUGUGGUGUCUAUAUUUGCUCAAUUUGUUUACAGCAGGUCAGCACCCGCACAAAAUCUGGAUUCUUAAAUAUUGAGGUGAUUCAAAGGCCGUGUCCACAGCUUGAUGUUGAGCCUGAAGAACUUCGUUAUAUGCACUACCCAAAGCCCAAAACUUAUAGCAGGGCUGAGUGUGCUUGCAAUCCUGUGCAAUACUUCGCAAUUUUGUCGAUGCAGAGGUCUGGGAGUGGGUGGUUUGAGACACUAUUGAAUAAUCAUACUAACAUAAGCUCAAAUGGGGAGAUUUUCUCUGUGAAAGUUAGGAGAAGUAAUAUUUCAACAAUCGUUGAGACUUUGGACAGACUUUAUAAUCUAGAUUGGUUGAGUAGCGCCUCAAAGAAUGAAUGCACCGCUGCAGUUGGCUUGAAGUGGAUGCUUAAUCAGGGCUUGAUGCAGCAUCACAAAGAAAUAGUAGAGUACUUCAAUACACGGGGUGUUUCUGCUAUCUUUCUCUUUCGAAGAAAUCUGUUGCGGAGGAUGAUCUCUGUCCUUGCAAAUUUGUAUGACCGAGAUAAUAAGCUGCUUAAUGGGACCCACAAGUCUCACGUGCAUUCUCCUCACGAGGCAGAAAUACUUGCAAAAUACAAGCCUACAAUCAAUGCAACUUUGCUGAUACCCAACCUGAAGCAAGUACAAGAUACAACCACGAAAGCUUUGGAAUAUUUCAAGAGCACCCGUCAUAUUAUCCUCUACUAUGAGGAUAUCGUAAAAAACCGCACUAAGUUGCUUGAUGUUCAAGAUUUUCUUAAGGUUCCAAAAAGGGAUUUAAAGAGUCGCCAGGUGAAGAUACACAAAGGUAAUUUGUCUAGUCAGAUUGAGAAUUGGGGCGACAUCCAAAAGACACUUACAGGAACACAGUAUGAAAGCUUCCUCAGUGCGGAUUAUCGAAGAAGGUAAAUAGCAGUGAGGCGAUGUAUAAACCGUGCUUUAUUCAUUUCACAUUUUUGUUUCUUCUUUCGUCUGCAGCCGCAGAAGCCAACGGGUUACCUCCCUGUUGGAAUUUUGGCUGCAGCCUCUAAUUUUGAUUGUAGCUUCUUUGUCACUCGAUUUUUGUUUCGUUUUUGCCACACUCGUUUAAUAUUCAAUUGAUUCUUUGUCUUCUCCUUCUCUACGAGAAACAUCGUCGUUGUAUUCAAGCUAAUCAAUAGAGAAAGUUGUAGUUUCACCUUGCAA